UGUUUCCAUGCAUUGGCAGAUGCCAGGCUGUUUUGAUGAAGGGGUUGUAUAUAGUGAUAAAUGUGGUACAAAACAGCCAUAAAGGAUGCUGAAUUUCUUCUUUGGCAACGACACUAUAGACGAAGUACAAAUUGACUGUGACCUUUUCGGCUGCGAACCAAUCUCCAAUAGCGUGCAGCUAGAUGGACAAAGCAACUUAGGCAGGUGCUGUGGGAAAGGAAGAGGGGGGGAACUAGAUGACACAAUAGGCCUUUUCCCUCUUUCUGAUUCUUGAGUCUCUGGUCACGUGUGCGUGGCUGGAGGAAAUGGCAUUGAAAACGCAAAAAGCCUUUUGUUUUAAUGCUCCAGCUUGAAUCCAGCUCCAACAAAGCAAAUCCCCCAAGCCUGCAAAAGGGGUUUUGUGCAGAAAUACAGCUUAUUGUCCACUACGGGGUUCAGACUCUGGGGAAAUCGUGGCCAUUGUUUCUCAGUAAAUGCUUUGUAUUUUCUCAUGUAAUGCCUUCAGAAUCUGGUUCUGUGCUUUUACACGUGUCGCCGUGUGAGCUGCAAGGGACAGCAUGCCUGGCGGACAUUUUCCAGCAAUCUGUCCCCCUUGGUCGUCAGUGGGAGCGUGUUGAGAUCUGAGCAAAAGGCAGUUGUGAAGGAGGCUGAAAAGUGCCCGAAGUAAACUUUCUCACUGGCGAUCACACUACCUGACAGGCUGGAAGCUGGAUUCAGGUUGCAGAAACCUGAUUUUAAGGCAUGGCUGAAUAUCGACCGCACAGAGGUGAUGAGAGAGACUGACACUUAUCCAAGUCUCUUCCAGCUCGCUUUUCAACUGUGGCCGUUGAUUCUGCGUAUUUAUUCGAUGGCAAUGCAGGAUGUCAAGAGCAGUGAUAAGAGGUCGACUGGAUCCCAUUGUGCUUUUGUUGCCAUGGCAACACCACCACACUGUUAGCAACAGCUAGCUAACCGGAGAUCAAGGGGGGGUUGUUUGAUGUUUGAUUCUAAUUGGAUCAAAAGUUGCAUUUGCACCAAAAAGGCAGAAGGCAGCCAUCCUCGCGGCAAGAAGAUGAAAUUUCCAUUCUAUUGGCUCCUUAUAAAGCAGGCACAAUAACAUUUUCUUUUAGAGACUUGUUUAGAGCACUGUUUUGGUGAUGGCUACUGAUCCAACGUGAUUGGGCGCGCACCGACUCUGACUCAUGACUGGGUAUACCAUGUUGCGGAAUGGGGGAGUGGGGAAUGGCGGCCAACCCUGGGUGUUGCGAUGGUCCAGUCGAAUCCGGCUCACCUGGCUUAGCUUUACCCUGUUCAUCAUCCUUGUCUUCUUCCCCCUCAUCGCCCACUACUACUUAACCACCAUUGAUGACGCGGAUGAUGCCGGCAAACGCAUCUUCGGCCCCCGCACGGGAAACGAGCUGUGUGAGGUGAAGCAUGUCCAGGACCUGUGCCGCAUCCGGGAGUCGGUAAGUGAGGAGCUGCUCCAGCUGGAGGCCAAGCGGCAGGAGCUCAACAGCGAGAUCGCCAAGUUGAACCUGAAGAUCGAAGCCUGCAAGAAGAGCAUAGAGAAUGCCAAGCAAGAUCUCCUGCAGCUGAAGAACGUCAUCAGCCAGACUGAGCAUUCCUACAAAGAACUGAUGGCUCAGAACCAGCCAAAACUCUCCUUGCCAAUCCGGCUGCUGCCAGACAAAGACGAAGCUAACUUGCCUUUGCCAAAAUCCAACCGGAACUGCCGACUUCACAACUGCUUUGACUACUCACGCUGCCCACUGACAUCUGGCUUCCCCGUGUAUGUCUACAACAGCGAUCAGUACCCUUUUGGUAGCUCCUUAGACCCGUUAAUUAAGCAAGCCUUUGAGGCAACCGUCAGAACUAAUGUGUACGUUACUGAAAAUGCAAACAUUGCUUGUGUGUAUGUAAUUCUAGUGGGGGAAAUGCAAGAGCCCAUAAUGCCAAAAGCUACUGAGCUACAGCAACAGUUGCACUCUUUGCCAUAUUGGAGGACGGAUGGACACAACCAUCUCAUCAUUAACUUAUCGAGGAAAUCGGAAACUCAAAACUUCAUCUACAACAUCAGCACCGGGCGUGCCAUGAUUGCCCAGUCCACGUUUUAUGACCUACAGUAUCGGCCAGGGUUUGAUAUCGUGGUAUCGCCUCUAGUCCACGCGAUGUCUGAACCCAACUUCCUAGAGAUCCCACCCCAGGUGCCAGUUAAGCGAAAGUACCUAUUCAGUUUCCAGGGAGAGAAAAUAGAGUCUCUUCGCUCCAGCUUGCAAGAGGUUCGUUCGUUUGAAGAGGAAAUUGAAGGCAAUGCCCCAGCUGACUAUGAUGACAGGAUCAUUACCACCCUGAAAGCUGUCCAAGACAGUAAGUUGGACUUUGUCUUGGUGGAAUUCACUUGUAAGAACCAGCCGAAGGCGAGUCUGCCCACUGAGUGGGCUCUUUGUGGAGAAAGGGAUGACCGAUUAGAGCUACUGAAGCUAUCUACGUUUGCACUGAUAAUCACACCGGGGGACACCCAUCUAUUGAUCUCUGCUGGGUGUGCCAUGAGACUCUUCGAGGCUCUGGAAGUUGGAGCCAUUCCAGUGAUUCUUGGAGAGCAAGUUCAGCUGCCCUAUCAUGAGGUGAUCCGGUGGAAUGAGGCAGCCUUAAUCAUACCAAAGCCACGUAUCACAGAAGUGCACUUUCUUCUGAGAAGCAUUUCUGACAACGAUCUCCUUGCCAUGAGGAGGCAGGGGCGCUUCUUGUGGGAGACUUACUUCUCCACCUCGGACAAUGUGUUCAGCACAGUCUUAGCGAUCAUAAGGACUCGAAUUCAAAUCCCGGCUGCUCCUAUUCGAGAAGAAACUGCAGUGGAGAUUCCCCACCGCUCUGGCAAAGCUGCCGGUACUGACCCCAACAUGGCCGACAAUGGUGACUUAGACUUGGGGCCGGUGGAGACGGAGCCACCCUAUGCCUCUCCCAAAUACCUUCGCAAUUUUACUCUCACCGCAAUGGAUAUUUACAGGAAUUGGAACUCCGCCCCGGGACCUUUCCACCUCUUUCCCCACACACCUUUUGAUCCCGUUUUACCUUCCGAAGCCAAGUUUCUUGUCGCCUUGGGUGGCAAUGUCCCAAGGGAGCAGUUCACAGUAGUCAUGUUAACCUAUGAGCGAGAGGAAGUCUUAAUGAACUCCCUAGAGAGACUCAAUGGGCUCCCUUACUUAAAUAAAGUUGUAGUAGUGUGGAACUCCCCCAAGCUUCCGUCUGAAGACCUCUUGUGGCCAGACAUCGGGGUCCCAAUCAUGGUAAGAAAUACUCCCAUGCUCCAUUGGGUUUGACAUUUUUACAGUGGGCUAUAACUUCUUUUAAAAAGUGUCAGUUCUGUUACUUUGGUGUCUGCCUAAUCCUCCAAUGCUGUGGAAAAGUUUGUUAUAAUGUGCGCUCCAAACUGCAGUCAGCAAGAAAUUUUUCAAGAAUAGGAGGGUCUGAAGUUAGGUUCCCGAAUACGUGACCUGCUUUCCAAAGGGGGGAUCAUGUAGUGGCUACCACUGAAGUAAAUGAAUGAUGCUGAGUAUUUGGCACUUUUUUGAGGGGGAGAGGG